UGAGCGUGUCGAAACCAAGUAGUCGGUUUAAGUAUAGUCCUAUUCCGUAGUCCAAACCAUUUACCGCUUUUUUCACUUUGAGUCGAGGCGUAACGACGUCGUUUGUUGAAAUAGUGUUGCUUUAAAGGUACGCAAUAACAGGGAAACCAAAGACUGUUGCUUUGGGAAUGAUGGAGGUUUAGAGGUUGAAGAAGAAGAAGAAUUUUGGAGUUUUGAGAAGAGGAGUCUUCUUCUUUAGGGUUUCGUCAUACGAGAGUAUUUGUUAUUUAAGGUUUCUGGAGUUUCUUACUCUCUGACUUUUUGACAAUUUCGAAAGAGGGAAAGAAGAAAGGUUUGGAUUUUUGAUUCACUAUGCAGACGGAGGCUAGAGUGGGGAUGGUGGUUGAAGGUCAGAGAGCUUUAAAUACUGUACAUGGAAGCGUGGAGGUGCCGCAGUCAACGCCGCCGCCACCGCAGUCGCUUCAACAAUCGCAGAUCGGUACUCUAUCUCAGCUUCUCGCCGGAGGCGUAGCGGGAGCACUAAGUAAAACCUGUACGGCUCCGCUUGCUAGACUUACUAUUCUCUUUCAGGUGCAAGGUAUGCACUCUGAUGUUGCUACAUUGAGCAAGCCAAGCAUAUGGCGUGAGGCUUCACGAAUCGUUGGCGAAGAAGGAUUUCGAGCUUUCUGGAAGGGAAAUUUAGUUACAAUAGCUCAUCGUCUACCGUAUUCUUCAGUUAACUUUUAUGCUUAUGAACACUACAAGAAGUUACUACAAAUGGUUCCAGGUCUAAAAAAUCAUAGAGAGAGUAUGAGUACGAACCUCUGUGUACAUUUUGUAGGUGGUGGCAUGGCAGGGAUAACAGCUGCAACAGCCACAUAUCCAUUGGAUCUUGUGAGAACACGCCUUGCUGCCCAGACAAAUAUGAUCUAUUACAGAGGUAUUGGGCAUGCUUUGCGAACUAUUACGAGUGAGGAGGGUAUUUUGGGAUUAUAUAAAGGACUUGGGGCAACUCUCUUGGGUGUUGGCCCCAACAUAGCUCUGAGCUUUUCAGUAUACGAGAGUUUGAGAUCUUACUGGCAGUUGCAUAGGCCUCAUGAUUCUCCUGUCCUAGUUAGUUUGGCUUGUGGCAGCCUUUCUGGAAUUGCAUCAUCAACAGAGAAACAAGGUGUGGUGCAGGCUCUGCACCAAUUAUCUAACCAGAUUGACCCCUAGAACCUGAGACCAGACUGGAGUGGUUUUUUUAGAUCUUGGCAUUUGAAAGUUUUAGUAAGGAUGACGAUAAGAAAUUGAUUUUAUUUUUCUUUGUCAAUCAUCCAAAUUAAUUUUAUAUAAAGAUCUUUGCUCAAAUUAACCUAUCUUUCCACAUUUAUACAAUGACGUGUCUCCAAAGCCUUGCAGUGGGUUCCUUUAUUGGGUGGCACUACUUUCAGGUGAACCUAUGUCAUCUCAAUUAUAAAUGUGAGAGGUGUCCUCUUUGAGGUAUGCUUCUCACUUGGCUUUCCUUUCCCAAUGAAUUUACGGGUAUUGGAUUUUGCAAGCCUUGCCACCGCAUAUGGAAGCACUCUUGUUCAGUGAUAUGCUAAUAUAUAGAUUACACUGCACAAUCCAUUAUCAUCAUAAAAAUUGUUAAUCUAAUUUUAAUCAAGUGGUCUCUUUGCAUGUAUAUGCUGGAUAUUGUGCAGUAGAGAAAAGAACUUUCAUGCCUCAAUCAUAUCUAGUGGCUUGAGAGCUGAAUAUAGCUUUGUAUUGUUGGGUUUAUUGUUCGUAUAGGUUCUAAUUUUGACCCUCUCAUUUGAACUUCGUUUUACUAACUAUUAAUUUGUAGAACUUUGUAGAACCAAAACUCUAUUACGGUAGUAUCCUUUUCUUGAAAAUGACCUACGCCUCUGUUUUCUCACCUACUGAAAUAUUAGCUGGACUUUUUAAGUCUGCUAAGCACUUUCUAUUGCAUGCUGAUAUUAAAUGAUCUUUAUGAUGUCUUUAAUUUAAUGGUGUGAUAUCAGCUAUAUAUAUAUAGAUGUGUAUAUAGUAAGCUCUUGUUUUGUAGAUUUUUAUUUUAAUGGAUUUUUCUUUUUCUCUAUAUUCUAACCUUGAGAAUAUAAAAGCUUUUUUCUAACCUUGUCAAAACAAGUGCAUUGGAAGAUCCCAUUUGGCAGUACUAGAACUAUCUUCAGGUCAUUAUAUUUUGCUCUUUACUAUAAUUGUGCAGCAACUUUUCCAUUGGAUCUUGUUAGAAGAAGAAAACAGUUAGAGGGAGCAGGUGGCCGAGCUCGUGUCUACAAUACAGGCCUUCUAGGUACAUUUAAGCACAUUUUUAGGACUGAAGGUUUGCGUGGCCUGUACCGGGGAAUUCUGCCAGAAUACUACAAGGUGGUGCCUGGUGUUGGAAUUUGUUUUAUGACAUACGAGACCCUAAAGAUGCUCUUAGCAGAUGAUGAUGAUAAUCUAUAGUAGCUGAUAAUAACACUGGGAACUGCAACUAAGGUGGGGAGACUAUCGGAACUGACUGUUUCAUAACAACAGAGCUCAUUUUCUUUAUCUGGAUUCUCAUAGUAGUUGAUCAUAAUAUUGUGACACUACCGUGGGAAUUACAUUUUUCCAUGUAUAGAUUUCAUACUUAACAUUACACAUUAUAAGUUUAUGGCAGCAAACUUGUUCUCCCCUUUUCUUGAUAUUUCAUAAUUGCAUUUUAGUUUUAGUUUUAAUUGUAGAUGGCUUUAUGGUCUUUAUCCUAUAAAAUAGGAAAAGGAAACCUGUGUUGGAUUUGUUCAAUUUAAAGGCUGGAGGUUUUGUGUUUA